AUGACCGAACAUAUCAGACCAAUAGCAUCCGAAUUAUUAUCCAAUGAUCUAAUCAUCACAGCGCAGAUUAACAUUUUGAAUGAUAAACAGCAACCAAUCCGAUGUCGAGCGUUGCUCGACACCGGAUCUAGUAUGAAUUUCAUUACCGAGGAAUUAGCAAAAUCGCUACAGAUAAGGCAAAGCAAAUGUUCGGUCCCAAUCGAAGCUCUAGAUACCUUGACAACGACUUCUAAGCGACACAUCACGGCCACGAUCACUUCCACUGACGGUACAUACACACGGACAUUAACGUUCCUUGUCAUUCCGACCAUAUCAACCUUAAUUCCCAGCGAACCCAUCGAUCGUUCGACACUUGAGAUACCAAAAAAUCUCAAAUUGACCGAUCCACGAUUUCAUUUACCAGCUCCGAUCGAUGUACUACUAAGCUCAGGUUCAACACUCGCGUCGAUGUGUGUGGGACAAGUCAACCUCACGCAGCCAGACGAGCCUGAACUGCGUCUGCAAAAGACGCGAUUCGGAUGGGUAAUCGGGGGGAGUCCAACUUCCCAAACCGCGACAAGCAUAUUUCACACAUCCACGACGACUUUACAAGCAGACCUCGCGCGGUUUUGGGAAAUCGAUGAAGGAUCCUCAAUUAAACAUAUCUCAGAGGCAGAUCGACGAUGCGAAGAACACUUCCAAGCCCACACCCGACGCACCAGCGAAGGACGAUACAUCGUCGCUCUACCUUUCAACGAUCAGCUUCAGUCACUCGGAUCAUCUAAAACGCUGGCAAUUAAACGACUCGCCUCACUCAAUCGCCGAUUCCAGCACGACAAAUGCUUCGAAUCAGAAUAUCGAACGGUAAUACAGGAAUACCUGGCGUUGGGACACAUGACGAAGGUCAAUGACAACCACUCCGACGACAACGGAUACUAUUUACCCCAUCAUGGCGUGACCAAAGCAUCGAGUCAAACCACCAAACUCCGUGUAGUUUUCGACGGAUCGGCACCAAGCACUACCGGAACCUCCCUAAACGAUACACUUUACACAGGACCCAAGUUACAGGAAGAUUUAUUUUCACCGUAUCUAGCUAUUCGGUGCCUCAAGCAACUGGCAGAGGACGAAGGACAUCGAUUUCCACGUGCAGCACAGGUACUGCAGCGAGAUUUCUACGUCGACGACGCUCUCACCGGAGCUGAAACGAAGGACGAAGCCCUCACGCUCAGAACAGAACUCACCAAUUUACUUCAACUGGCCGGCUUAAACAUACGAAAAUGGGCGUCAAACGAUAAUGACUUAUUACACGGACUUUCUUUAGAAGAAACAAAUCACCAACAUUUUUUGGGCGACUCGCAAACCUUGAAGACGCUGGGGGUGUUUUGGAAUUCAUCCGACGUCUCCAUUCUUUACUCGGUCGAAGUCAAACCCACGCCCUCCCGAGUCACGAAACGAAUCAUCAGCUCGGAGAUUGCAAAAAUUUACGAUCCGCUCGGUCUGCUCGCACCGGUGAUCGUUCGGGCCAAGAUGCUACUUCAACGAAUAUGGUCGUCGAAAAUCGAUUGGGAUGAAUCACUUCCGAUCGAGUUACAUACAGAGUGGGAAAGGUACUAUGCCCAAUUACCCUUAUUAGACAACGUCAGGUUCCAACGCAAGGCAAUAAUCGAGUCCGCAAUAGAAAUUGAAUUGCAUGGUUUCUGCGAUGCCAGCGAAAAGGCUUACGGAGCCUGUGUUUAUCUCCGAACCCUUAACACCAACGGCCGUGUUUGGACCCAACUUUUAACCGCAAAAUCGAAAGUCGCCCCGCUCAAGUACCAGACCAUUCCUCGGCUCGAGCUGAGCGGAGCACUCCUUCUUACGUCCCUGAUGUCGACAGUACAACAAGCCCUAUCACACAAAAUUACUCGAACUAUCUAUUGGAGCGAUUCCACUAUCGUCCUCCAUUGGCUCAAUACAUCAUCUCACACCCUUAAAACAUUCGUCGCUAACAGAGUCUCCGAAAUUCAAACAAAAACCAGCAUCCGCGAUUGGCGCCACGUUCCUACCGACGACAAUCCCGCGGACUUAAUAUCACGCGGCCAAACACCCGAAGAGUUUCUGCGCCCAACCAUCUGGCAGCACGGUCCUGCUUGGCUCUACCAGUCGGAAGGCUACUGGCCGACAUGGGCGCUAACACCGCAAAUUGAAGUACCGGAGCAGAAAGGGGCGAUUUGA